AUGUUUCAGAAAAAGAAAAAGCUGACCAAUUGGAAAAGAAAGAAAGAUAAGAGCAUUCUCCUGAUAAUAGAAAUGGAACAGAGAGACAAAGUAAUACUGUGGCUGGCGCAUGACGAAAUACAAAGCAUGUCAGAGUAUGUGGAAGAGCUGAAAAACGAAGGCGUCCCGUCGUACUCAAAAAUAUCUGUAUGGGGAUUGGCAUUUACAAAGUCCUGGUACAGACGAAUAGAAAGACCGCAGUUUGCUAUUUACAACACAAUUAUAAAAUGUACAAAGAAGCUUCCAUGCCCAGACUGCUACAGGAAAAAAGAGCAGAAAAAGGCAGAGCUAGAAGAAGCGGCCAAAAAAGGAAAGGGAGUCCAAGGAGCGGUUGAUGCAGUCAGUAAAGCACUCUCACCGGGAAAGGCGCAAGAUGGCAGUAAAGAAGAUAAGCCAGACAAAAAUGCAGAAGAAAAAGACAGUAAAGAGCCAAAAGAGGAUGGUAAAGACAAAAACAGCGAAGUGCCAGAGUCAGAGCACUCGGAAGAAGAAGGAGAAGAGCACUCCAUACUCGACGAUGAGGAGAUAGAGUCGCUGGUAAGCCAUCUGGACUGCGACUUUGCAAAAGAAGAAAAUAAGUGCAAAACAGAGGGAGAAAGAUACUACACAAUACGAAUGGUGAUGCAUGCUCUGAAAAAGUCGUACGAGUACAACAUGCUUGUGUCGCACAAAAGAGUGCACCCGAAAAACAUCGACAAAAUAUUCAGUCUCUGCAUAGGGGCAUUUUCGUACUUCACAAGCUACAACAUUGAGAAGAUUUUCAAAGUCUUUUUUUUCCUGGCAUCGAAUCUCAACGGAGUGUUUGCCACUAAAAAGGGACAGGAUAUGACCCAGAAGGAGUUUGACAAGUUUUUGCUCUUUGUGCAAAACACAGCAGCGCUCAGCAAAAACAAGUUUAUGAUUCUGAUCGAUGCCAUUUCCUCUCUAAACCAGGAAAUACUGACGAAGUUUGCAUACGACAUAAUCAAGGGAAACAUAUCUGUUACGGGGGUUCAAAAAGAGCUGUUUGAUAAAUACUCAAAGCCCAGCGCAGCUGAAAUAGACGAGUUUAAAAAGACCCAUCCGUUUUCGCUUUUAAGCACAUUUACGCCCCGGAUUAUCUUUUUGCACCAGAAAGAGAAUAAAACGCUUGACGAGCUGAAAAAGGAAAACGCCUAUCUGAAAGAAAACAUAGAAGUGCUUCUAAGUGACCUGAAACAUUCAAACACCUCAGGGUUUGCAGCCCAGCUUAAGAAGGAUUUAGAAGAGAAAAACGAACAGAUAAAGAAACUGCAAGACAAAUAA